AAUAUAUUUCUCCUCAUGCCUUUCAGAAUAGUUUGGGAAGAUUGGCGUUGUGUAAGCCCCGUGCACUGGAAGGGCUAUAUUAAAUAAGUGAAUAAACAGGAGAGGUUAGAAGGGAUAUUUCACCAAAAAAUGGCAUUGAAGUAUUUUUCUCACAUGAAAUUUAUGAAAAAUAUUCAUUGGCUCCAAGCCUCUCUGAACUGUGGCGUUUAUCAAACAGUGGCAAACCUGCAGUUGGUACUAAGGGUCAGUUAGAUUGUCCAGAGAGGCAAAGAAAAAUGUGGAGGCAUUGGCAGACACUUCAGAAAACAGACAGACUUGUAGUAUGCAGGCUGUGGAUCCAGUUGAGGUGGAGGCUAAAAGCACAACUGAUGAUGAUCCUUUUCCAGAACCUAGAGUUCCCUAUCCAUUUACCUCUUGUCUGACUGAGAAGGAGCAGAAAACAUACUUAUAUCUGAUGACUAAGUACUCAAAAAAAAGAAACCAUUUUCAAGUUAACGCAGCAAGUCAAAGAGAAUUAUUCACAUAUCUGCAAAUGAAAGAAGUAGUAAACAACGAAACUGCAGAAUUUAUGAAAUUUGCCCAAAACGCUGCAAAAAGCUGUGCUCAAGAUUAUGAUGCCAUCUCUGAAGAUGCACUGCGUUAUACUGAGGAAUUAUUACGUGCUUGUAUUGGACAUGUGCAAAAAUAUCCUGAGUUCUACACUCUCCAGGAGAUCACAAGUAUCAUGGGAGGAAAGUUUCAUACACAGUUGACCUUUAGGCUGGAAAAAAAUCUUCUUGUAAUGGGUACAGCGAGACGUGGUAAAACAGCUUUCCCUACUAUGCCUGUUCAGCUGCCCACAGAUUAUAAAACGGUUACAUCUAUUAUAACUCCAGAAGAAAAGGCUUCUAUUAUGCACAAUGAUAUUAGUUCAGAUUCAAAUGCAGAAAAACUUGCUUUGAAAUACUGUCCUCAAGUUGUUUUAAGUAACCAAUCGUUAUUUACUUUACUGAAUAAUCAUGGACUAAACUACAAGGAACAAUGGGAAAUUCCAGUCUGCAUUAAAAUGAUGCCUGUUGCAGGUAGCAAACCAGCUAAAGUGGUUUAUGUUGAUUCACCUCUGCUGAGAAAGGAGAUGACAGUAAGAGAGAGGAACCAAAUCUUCCAUGACAUUCCAAUGGACUUCCUAGCAACCAAAGCAUCUUAUGUUUUGAUUUCGAAUGUGUUGAUGGACAAACCAGCUGAGGACAGUCUAUUUCAGUGGGAUAUGUCUUCUGAUACUUACCAGUGCAGGAAGAUUCCUCCUCCAAAUGACACAGGGAUGGACUUUGAUGAUGAUGUUACAGAACUGGAAACUUUUGGAGCAACUGUCAAACUCUCAAAAACUUCUAAAAUGGAAAGUACUUUUCCUACAGUUAGUAACACUGCUAAAGUUUUAUCACAAGACCUAAAAAUGGGGAAAAAAAAUACAUCCACCAUAAGUGGUGGAGAUGAAGAAGGAAAAAACACCAUUUCUGGUGCUUCAGCAUGUGCCAGCAUGCAGCUUCCAUCAUUAGAUGGCAUUCUGUGCUUCAGCUCUGAAGAAAAUUCAUCUCAUAAAAGCCUUAAUUCGGAGGAGGUAGGACUGAACGAAGCACAGCAUGUCAUGACCAAAGAAGUAUUGGACAAUGAAACAAAGCUAAGUAUGCUAUCUAAUGCUGUUAGUUACAAGAGAGAGUCUGAUGCUACUCAGAAAAAUGAGACUUACGCUUCUUUAUGCAGUAGUGACACGGAUGAAGAGCGUUUGAUAAUUGAUACAGAAUGUAAAAACACCGAUUGUUGCAAAAGAACUGUACCAAAUACUGUUUCUCAUACCUCAGCAGAGACUGCCAGAUCACUUUCCCCCACCCACAUUCCAUUAGCAAGCAUGACAGAUUGCACAGAUACCGUGGAUCAGGGAAACAAUGCCUCCAGAAAGCCUACCAGAAAGUUGUCCAAAGAAUUUGAUCCUGUCGGACAGAUUUUGAAAAUGCAAACUGAACUUCUCAAGUCACCUUCCCAUAAAGCUCAUGAGCAACCAGUGGUGAGCUGUGAUGGUUCUAGUGCUACGCCAGCCCAUGUGCAUCAGUCUCCAAAACUAUUGGUGACCUCCAGCACAGAAACUGUGCCAGCCGCUGCCUCAAAUCCCAGCAGCUCGUCCAGAAAUACAUGGACUUCGCUUUUUCAGGGAAUGUCAAAGAGAAAGCUGCCAAAUGAACUUCAGAUGCUUGAAGAAGACCCCUCAGAGUAUAAAGCACCUCAGGAUGGCAACCUUGUGUAUAAGCUAUUCAGUUUGAAUGAUCUGUCGUUACUUGUGCGUUGCAGUGUGCAAAAAGUGAAGUCAUUGCCACGGUACCAUAAAAAGAAAAAAACUCAGAAGAUUACUCCAAUGUUCCUGUUGCCAAAACUAGAAUACCAAGCCUAUUAUGGUGUUGAAGCUCUUACAGAAAGUGAAGUAUGUCAGUUGUGGACAGAGAGUAUGUUGCAUUCUGAAUGCUUAUUUUAUAUUGGACGUAUUGAUGCUUUUACAUCAAAACUUAUUAUGCUAGAAAAGAUUUCUCCAGAAAUUUUAACAGAAAAACUUGGAAUGAUUAAGCCUGCAAAUUCAUUAAAUAUACUUCAUCACAUUUUGAAGAAAGUGUCCGAUUUGCAGGAGGGCUCUUAUUUAUUGACUCAUGCUGCAGGAGAUUCAUCAGUCGCAAUCUACAAGAGUUCUCUUGACAAGACAACGAGAGCAUCGUAUAACUUACAUAAAGCUCACUGUGAUCUGCCUACUGUACCCGCCACUCUUUCAGUCCCAUGGGUGCCACUAGAUCCCAGCCUCCCUUUGCCCUAUCACAUGAAUCAUGGAAGAGUUCCAUGCACCUUUCCACCUGCACCUCAGGAAGCCAUGUGGAAACAGAAGAUUACCUCAUGCACUUUGGUGUCUGCCAGAAGGGAAUUCAGGCACAUCGGCAAGAAAGAGGCAGGGCUGGUCAGAUCCUGCUGGUGGCAGGAAGAGCAGCUGUGCCUGUCACCAGUCCAGAUGUGGCCUCUGAGUCUGGCUGAAUGGCAAGCAGUAGAAGGCAGUUCUUGGAAGAUGACUGGGGCGAAGGGACGGUCUGACACACCCAGCGAGGGGAAUCCAGUAGCUAUGGAAACAAAAGGCAAUCCAGCUAAGCCUGUUAGAAAUGAAGGUGUGGCUACAAAGAAGCUGAAGAAGAAUUACUGCAAACAAAGAAUGAUGAAGAAAAACUGGAAAAGGAAGUACAACAAAAUGCAGCUGAAGUAGAAAUAGCUGAACCAUGCUGUGAUAAGUAUGGCCUGGAGAAGGACAAGACUAACAAAAAAUCUGAGGCUUUCUUGCAGCUUCAAAGGAGCUGGAACGAGCUGGCAGGGGAAAUGGCUCCAUAGCUGAAACAUUCCGUAAACCUUUAACCCUUUCUUACCUCAGUGGGCAUAUUUCAAGUGAAAAUUUCAGACUCAAUCAGAGGGGGGAAAAAGCGAGGGCCUGCAGCUGAGGUUAGGGGACAGAAGUAUCUUCUGUUGGUCUCAUUUUUGUAGAAAAACUACAGUUUGAAGAAUGAAGCAGUGGUUGAUGGUAAUAUCUGGUAUCGCAUAACAACAAGAAAAAUAAUUUUUCAGCUUUCUGAAUUCUUCCAGAAUCACUACAGAUUUUUAUUCUGACAUAUUUUUAAAUUGUAUUUUAUUUUGUGUAAUGUGCGGAAGGGAAACAACUUGGUUUAAUUACUGAAUCGUUUCAAUGCACAGUAUAUGCCAGUUCUUAAAUUACUUACAAAAAUACAUUUUCUUCUUAGGAUGAUGUAACGAAUGAGGUUUGGGGAACAAAAGUGUGUUUAUUUGAAUAGUAAGAGCCAUAAAUUUGCACUAGGAAAUUUACAAGUACAGCUAAAUAGUUAAAAUAUGUAUUUUUAUGCUUCCCCAAAACCAUUUCCAGAAAUUGUUUGGAUUCUGGCAUUACUUCAAAAAUGAAUGUAGCAGUUAUUCACUGUAUUACUGAAUGGCCACAGCCUAAAUCUAUUAAAUUGCACACUGAUAUGCACUAGUGCUUACCUGAGGUAUUAAGGUUUGCCUGGAGGAGCAAGUGAUAGGAUCAGGGCCUUCGUCAUCAUCCCAGAAACCCAACCAGACUAUGCUGUACACCAGCAGUUUGCUUGAGAUUUAGAGCCCAACUGACACGAUGAAGUUAGGAAAAGAGAAUACUUACAUCUAUGAAAAGGCCAGGCAAUGGGAUGACAUGCAGUUUCCUAGCGAAUAUCAGUUGUGUGGUAAAAUGGCAGUUUUGAAUGUUAGUAUGUAAAUGCAUUGUAUUCUGUGGUGUUUUGGUAACUAACGUGACUGCUUGUGAGGGAGGACUGCUUUGCAUUACAGCUGUUUUAUGGGACAGGCUUUUAGUGUUUCAUCAAACAGAAUUUCAGCAGAAACAAUCCUUGAAAUUGAGAGUCAAAAAUUACAUUCUGUAUCAUCGCUUUUGUUUUGCAUUCUGGAUUUCUGCCUAUAUUUUCCUUUAUUAAGAAUAUUGUUAGAAGAGUGCAUGAAUUCUUGAAAGCUACAAGAAUUACUCCAAUAAAAUCUUUCCCAUUUUUUCCUUUCAAACAACACAACUAUUUAAAAAUAUCUGAGCCAAUUUUUGUUUGGAACAUGUUCUGGAGAGCUGUUUGUAUGCGUGCUUAAACUGCUAACACAAAAAACAAAGGCCUUAAAGAUAUUCUUCCAAGUCUUUUGUUCAGACUAAAGAUACCAAGUACACACAUCUGAUCAAGCAUUCUUCUGCUCAUGGGCUUGACAUGAGAGAUUCUAAUGUCAUAAAAGUAUAAGUAAACUAUUUAAAUUGUUAACUGGAGCAUACCUGUUUAUAAAAUCCUGAAGACAGUUUUUUUUAAAGCAGGCUUAAACAAUGGAGGUAUAUUAAAAACCUUUCUAUGUGAAA